UUGUUUCGAGCGCCAUCCAAAGAUGCUUUCGGUGCCCGCAACCUGUUGACGGCGCCAUGGAGCUACCAAAAUGCGCGCGACGUGCUUUGAGCCCGCUGUGGCAACGAACAGCCAGCUGAGACACAGCAUCGCAUGCUUGGCUCUGGCCGCUUGAAAGCUACUCAGCCCGCCCAGCAGGUUGGUAAUCCCGAUCGUCUGGACGAAUUCGUGCUUCGUGCGACGAUGAGCCGCUUCUUGAUCUUAAGCGAUCUUUCGUCGUCAUCUCUCGACAACAUGCAUGGUGUGAAUGGAGUAUUCAGCCACGACGGAAGACUCGUAAAAGCGUGUCUGGAAUUGCUCAUCCCCCUGCCGCAGUGCUGUGCCCGCGCCCAGACACGUCCCGCAAUCCUUUGCCAGUUCCCAUCAUGCUGUCCUUUGGCCCGUGCCGUCACCGUCUUGCUCGAUAGCGCCUGUAUCAAACUGCACCAGACUUUCGAGCAUACAGAGGCUUGCUUGUGGUACGGAAGCGGCUUUGGCGGCUUCGAAAUCGGCAAAGAGCCGCAGUUUGACGUCGGCAUGGCACGAAACAAAACACCUGCGGCUUUCCGAAGCCCGUUUUCUCCACUGUACUCUCAUGUCCAAACACACGACCAGAAGAGAGACAUGCCACUUUAUGCAAAGUAGUCCAGAUAGGGAAUAAACGCGAG